AUGUCAGUAGCAAGGGCAAAGUCCAGACUGGCGAAGACAGUUUUAACUUUACCAAGGCUCGAGUUAGUCGCUGGGCACAUGGCAACCGAUCUUGUGAACAACGUGAAGGAAGCCCCACAAGGAUUCCCAAUCACGAGCGUGUUCGGUUGGCUCGACAGCAGUGUGGAUCAAAGGGAGCGGAAAUUAAAAGCAAUUUGUGAGCAAUCGAGUUCGGAAGAUCCAGGACAAGAAUUAAAUCCCCUGAAAAAUCAUUUUCAUUCCAUCAGCAGAUUGAUAUUCAUUGCUCAAGAUCCAGAUAACAAAACAGUAUUUGGUUGUUUCAUUCAACCUGACUACGCUGAAUACAUGUACGAGCUUUAUGCUUUUGAGUCCGAAGAAGUUGAAGAGCAUAUGCAUUAUUUCAGGAGAAUAUUAUUCAUUACUCAAGACCCAGAUGACAAAACAGUAUUUGGCUGUGUGUACAGACCAGCGUACUCCUCUGGAUGCACGUAUAAGCUUUAUGCUUUUAAGUCCGAAGAGGCCGAGGUUAUCAUUAAAACUUUGAGGGAAUAUAUUGGAGCUGCGACUAAUAUCGUGACAGAGGCGGCCCGAUCAUCAUAUGAAGAAUCUAAGGAACAUGUACAAACUGCCACACAUUUAACUUCUCACCGAUCACCAAAAUCUAAAGAUGAAGUGAAGCAGUUAGAGCAAGGAGCACAUAGAAAUAAUGGAUUUUUGGUAACAGCCAAUUUUGUCUCAGAUAGAAAGUCAAAUGAAAUUGCAGAAGCUAUGGAAGUGGAUAUGGAAAAGGAAAUGUCUUCCAAAGACCUUUCAGAAAAGCCUUAUGCGCACUACCAUACACCCGCAUCGCCCAGAAAUGAUUUGGCAGUUAACAAGGGAACUGGUGGCAAUGGUAUCAUGUCAGUUGAUAACCGUUAUGGUUUGGAGGUUGGAUCUAUGGUAGAGGUUCCUAGGAUGGAGGGUGUUCCAAGAUAUGGUGUCAUUCGCUGGAUGGGAAAUAGUCCACAAGUGAAGGAAAAGCUGGUAGCAGGUCUGGAAUUGGAAGAAGAGGAGUCUGCAUGUUCAGAUGGGACUUUUACUAAAGAGAGAUAUUUCACCUGCCCAGCAGGAAGAGGUUUCUUUGUUUUACUGGAGCAUUGCCGACCAGAUUCCCGCUUUGCUAACUCACCAACCACUGAUGUCAGUUUAACUGCUGGAAAAGACAAGCGACUUAUGGAGGAAAAUGAACCAGGAGGAAACGUUCAUAGGCUGGUGAGAGAACUGGAGGAACAGGUGACACAUUUGCCAGCAGAACUACGAGAUAAAGAGUUGAGAAAAACCAGCUUACAUGAACAGCUGAAGAAAAAAGAACAACUUGAAGAAAAUUUAAGGAAACAAUCGGUUGAGAUGGAGCAGCAGCUGACAAACCUGCGUGGACAAGUACAAGAGAGUAAGGAACAACUGCGAGACAUAACUCAGCAAAUGACGAUUGUCCAAGGGCAGCUACAAGAAAAAAACGAAGAAACUGCUAAUUUACAGAAUCAAGCUACUGAAAAAGACCAGGAAAUAAAUGAAUUGGAAACAACUCUGUCCACAGCUCAGGAUGAGUUAUGUGAAUAUCAACGACAACAGUCCCCUGAGUGGGUCAUUUCACGGGAUCACAUUCAGCUGACGGGCAGGUUUCUCGGCAGAGGAGGCUGGGGAAGUGUUGUAGAAGGCAAAUAUUGUGGUUGUUCUGUUGCAGUGAAACAGAUCCAUGAGUUGAUUCUCUCUCCUCACAACCGCAAAUUAUUUGAGCGAGAAAUGGAUAUUGCAUCAAGAUGCCGCCACCCUUGCUUGCUGCAGUUCAUCGGAGCUACAAAUGACGAAGGGAAUCCACUGUUUGUAACAGAGCUUAUGGAUACAAGUUUACGCACUCUGUUGGAACAGAGAGCUCUUUCUGAGGCAGAAUUGUCUUUUAUUUUUCUGGAUGUGGCUCGGGCGCUAAACUACCUUCACCAAAAGCAACCAUCUCCAAUUAUUCACCGCGACAUCAGCAGUGCGAAUGUGCUACUCUGGCGACAGGGUGAACAUUGGCGAGGCAAAGUGUCAGAUUAUGGAACUGCCAAAUUUAUGCAGCAGACCAUGACAGUUGCUCCUGGUGCCAUGAUAUACAGUCCUCCUGAAGCACUUACUAAAAAUCAAACCGUCAAGGUUGAUGUGUACAGUUUUGGUGUCCUCCUCUGUGAGAUGUGCAUCCGGGAAUUGCCAAAUCCAGAAAGGCGUGAUCGGCAAGUCGCCAUGGUUAAAAACAAAUUGAAUCGAGCCCUUAUCCGAAAAUGUUUGCAACGAGAGCCUGAGGCGAGACCAAGUGUACAAGAGAUCAUUGAUGAACGUGAGCAAUCGAACAAAAGAAAAGGAAUUCAAUUUUGGAAAAGCGAACGUAGUAGGAUCCGGUAACUAUAAUCUUCAGUGUAUUUUAGUAAUCAUAUGGUACGUAUACUAGGUAAUGCAGCUCCUAAACGAAAACUGGGACCUGUAUUUUUUAUUUCAAAAUUUACAUUCCUUCAAGGUAAACAAUCAGUAGGUAGAGUUUAAAAAAAAAUCUCAGUGCAGGUUCUUUUUCAGAGGACUGACCUUAGGAUCACACACCAGGUGCUUCGAAAAUAGAAAAUUCACAUAGAAAUAAGCUUUAAUGCGUUUCAUUCGGAUAACAUAUUGGUCACAUGGUACUUUUUUUUUUAACAAAACGUGCUUUUCAGAAGUCCACAGAAAAAAUAAAUAGAAAUGUUAACGAGGGAGUUUAUGGGUAAUGUUCUCUUGAUUGUAUAGCAAACCGUGCAAAGUAUCGAUAAAUUUCUCCUGUGAGAACUAUGUUUACUCCUCGUUCUACAAAUUACAACCUACGUGAUCACCACAUCCUGUCACUUUCUUAGCCGAGAACAACAGUGUAUGGUCUAUAUUCAUUUAAUUACCUAGCUGCUAAACUAUGGAAUUCCCAAUCUGAUAGCCUGAGAGCUUGCGAGGAUUUGUAUGAAUUUGAGGGGAAAAUUCUUAGUUUUGUCAAUUUUAACAUUUAGUAUCACAAGCAUGUAUUUUUAUAUCUGUUGUAAAUUGUAUCGUAUUUUAUAGUACUUUAUAUUUUAUUAAUGUAUUAUUUGAAAGGCAUGUAAAUUUUAUAUUGUUAUUAAAAUUUGUAUUUUCA